GAACAUGUUGAAGGAGAAAACUGUGAUCGUUGCAAAGCGGGUUUCUUCGAUCUGCAGCAAAAUAAUCCCAAAGGCUGUGAGGAAUGUUUCUGCUCUGGGAAAACAAAUGUCUGCACACACUCUUACCUUACCUACAGAAGUAUAGAAGACAUGAAUGGCUGGUAUCUGACGGGCUUACAGGGUCUCACCAGAGUUACCCCCAAGCAAAAGAGAUUUGAUGGACAUCAGCAGUACAGCAUCAGCAAUGUGGCUGCAAGAAAAGUACUGCCACAGACUUAUUACUGGAGUGCACCCAGUUCUUACUUGGGCAACAAAGUAGCAGCUGCUGGAGGACAUCUGAAGUUUACAGUCUCCUAUAACUUCACAGAGGAAGAAGAGGCAGUUCAAUUGAUGGUUCAAUCUGAUGUUAUCAUAGAGGGAGGUGGUUUGAGAAUCAGCACUCCAAAAGGAGGGAUUCGCCUGCAGCCUUCUGAAGAGCACACUGAAGAAAUUGUGAUGAAACCAGAAUCUUUCUCUGUCAGGAAGGAGUUCAUGAUUGUCCUUGCAAAUGUGAAGAGAAUCCUCAUAAGAGCCACGUACACCUAUGGGAUGAAUGCCAUCUACAGAUUAAGAAGCGUUAGCAUUGAAGCUGCUGACCACACUUCAACUGGGAGAAAGGUGGCAUCUGCAGUGGAGUUAUGUGACUGUCCCCCGGGCUAUGAUGGUACCUCAUGUGAGUCUUGCUGGCCUCAACACAGGCGUGUGAAUGGCACAAUUUUUGGUGGAGUCUGUGCACCGUGUACAUGCUUCGGUCAUGCAGAGCUGUGUGAUGAUAUGACAGGAGAAUGCAUGGACUGCAAACACAACACAGGUGGUUUAUAUUGUGACAGAUGUCUUCCUGGCUUCUAUGGUGAUCCUACUAAAGGGACAGCUGAAGACUGUCAGUUGUGUGCUUGCCCCUUAAGUAUACCUUCUAACAACUUUAGCCCAGCAUGCCAUUUUGAGCGAAGUCGUGGAUUAAUAUGCGAUGAAUGUCCAGCUGAGUACGUGGGACCACGCUGUGAAAGGUGUGCAGAAGGCUAUUUCGGACAACCUCUAAUACCAGGGGGAUCGUGCCAGCCGUGCCAGUGUAAUGACAACCUUGACUUCUCCAUUCCUGGCAGCUGUGACAGCUUGUCUGGUGCUUGCCUGAUAUGUAAGCCAGGUACAACAGGCCAAUAUUGUGAGAGGUGUGCUGAUGGAUAUUUUGGCGAUGCUCUUGAUGCAAGGAACUGUCAACCCUGUCACUGUCACAUCAAUGGCUCCUUCUCACAGAUCUGUGACUCUCGGACAGGCCAGUGCGAGUGUAAACCCAAUGUGACCGGGCGCCGGUGCAAUGUCUGCAAGCCUGAAACAUUUGGCUUACAGUCUUCAAGAGGAUGUGUUCCCUGCAACUGCAACUCUUUUGGAUCCAAGUCCUUCGACUGUGAUGGAGAUGGACAGUGUUAUUGCCAGCCUGGAGUGACUGGAAAGAAGUGUGACCGCUGUGCUCAUGGAUUUUACAACUUUGAAGAAGGAGGCUGUACUCCCUGUGAGUGUUCACGUUUCGGUAAUAACUGCGAUCCCGCCAGUGGCCGCUGCAUCUGUCCUCCCAACACUAUUGGAGAGAUGUGUGACAAAUGUGCACCCAAUUACUGGGGCCAUGACAUUGUCAGUGGCUGCAAGCCCUGUGACUGCAGCCCCAUUGGAGCCCUAAGUUCUCAGUGUGACUUAAAUACAGGCUGUUGCUUCUGCCGCCCUGAAUACUCUGGGGAUAAAUGCACUGAGUGCAGGUUGGGUUACUGGAAUUAUCCACAAUGUGUUGCUUGUCAGUGCUCCCUGGCGGGGAUUGAACCACAGAGCUGUGAAACAGAGUUGGGGAAGUGCUCGUGCAUCGAUCAUACUGGCCAAUGCAGCUGCAAGGUUAAUGUGGAAGGUGUCCACUGUGACAGGUGCAAGUCUGGUACAUUUGGUCUCUCUGCCAGAAACCCACUUGGCUGCAGCAGUUGCUAUUGCUUUGGCCUGACUACACAGUGCAGUGAGGCAAGGGGGCUGGUUCGCGUGUGGGUGACCUUGAAGCCAGAGCAAAUGAUUCUGCCACUAGUGGAUGAAAACCUUCAGCACAGCACUCUUUCAGGGAUAGCAUUCCAGCCUCCUGAAAUAGUAGCAAAUAUAGAACAGGUGAUGCAGGAUCUUCGGUCAGAACCUGUUUACUGGAGACUUCCAGAGCAGUUUGAGGGACGAAAGCUGACCGCUUAUGGAGGGAAACUGAAAUAUGCAAUCUACUUUGAAGCACGAGAAGAGACAGGUUUUACUACUUACUACCCACAAGUCAUCAUAAGAGGUGGGCCUCCCACCCAUACAAGAAUUAUUGUCCGGCAUAUGGCUGCCCCUCUGAUUGGGCAGCUGACAAGGCAUGAGAUAGAGAUGACAGAGGCAGAUUUCACCUGGAAACUUUAUGGGGAUGACUCAAGACCAAGUAGAGCUGUAUCCCGGGAAGACUUCCUGAAUGUGUUGUAUGAUGUUCAUUACAUUCUUAUUAAGGCUACUCACGGCAACAUCAUGAGGCAGAGCAGGAUUUCUGAAAUCUCCAUGGAAGUUGCUGAAGGUGGCACUGUGUCUGGGAUGACUCCUCAGGCUUACUUGAUUGAGAAAUGUGACUGCCCAUUGGGUUAUUCUGGUUUGUCUUGUGAGUCAUGCUCUCCAGGUUUUUACAGGCUUCCAUCUCCACCUGCAGGAAGGACACCUGCUCAGUCCUUAGGUGCCUGUGUUGUAUGUCAAUGUCAUGGACACAGUACUAUGUGUGACUCUGAAACAUCGAUUUGUCAGAAUUGUCAGCACAAUACUGCUGGUCACCACUGUGAGCGAUGUGCACCAGGAUUUUAUGGCAUAGUCCAAGGCUCUCCUGGUGACUGUCAGCCCUGUGCUUGUCCCCUGUCCAUUUCUAGUAACAAUUUUAGCCCUUCUUGUGUUGCGGAAGGACCUAAUGAUUACCGGUGUACUGCGUGCCCACCUGGAUAUGAAGGCCAGUACUGUGAAAGGUGCUCUUCUGGCUACACGGGAAACCCACAAACUCCAGGUGGCUCCUGCCAGGAAUGUGAGUGUGACCGAUAUGGUUCCCUGCCCGUCCCCUGUGACCCUGUGACCGGACAGUGCACUUGCAGGCCUGGAUUCACAGGGUGGAAGUGUGCUGGCUGUGAACAUCGGCAUGCACGCGAUGGCAUGAAAUGCAUUUCUUGUGAUGAUGAAUGCACAGGACUCCUUCUCAGUGACCUGGAUCGGCUAAACCAAAUGAUCCUGAGUGUUAACCUCAGUGGUCCACUGCCUGCUCCAUAUAAAAUGUUGCAUGGGUUUGAGAACAUGACACAGGAAUUAAAGCAUUUGCUUUCACCUCAGCGAGCGCCAGAGAGACUUCUUCAGCUAGCACAAGAAAAUCUGGAUACCCUGGUGACAGAAAUGGAUGAACUACUGACAAGAGCUACCAAGGUGACAGCAGAUGGUGAGCAAACCAGGCAGGAUGCCGAGAGGACUAAUGACAGAGCAAAAUCUCUUGGACAGUUCAUCAAAGGCAUUCUCCAAGCUGCUGAAGCUGCAAAGGAAGAUGCUAUAAAACUGAAUGAAACAUUCAGAACCCAAGAUGAGACUUUCGAGAAGAGUCUUCCAGAACUGCAGAGUGAGGCUGACAGAAUGAUCGCAGAGUUGAGAAGCAGAGAGAUGAAUAUGCAAGAAAGAAUAGCUCAAGAUGAGUUAAAGUGAGCAGAAGAUCUUUUGGACAAGGUGAAGAAAUUAUUUGGUGAGCCCAGUGAGAAAAAUGAGGAUCUUAAAAAUGAAGUCCGGGACAAGCUAGCGAACUACCACACCAAAGUUGAUGAUGCUCAAGAUCUGCUAAGAGAAGCUACAAGUAAAGUUAGGAAGGCUGAUCGUUUAUCUGCAGUCAACCAAAAAAAUAUGACCAUGGUAGAGAAAAAGAAGCAAGCUCUAGAAGAUGACAGACAAGAUGUUGAAAAGACCCUGCAAGAAGGGAAUGAUGUCCUUAAUGAAGCCAACAAACUUGUAAAUGAAAUCAGCUUAGCUGUAGAG